CCAUAGUCACGUCUCAGUGUGUGUAUUUACAUGUUUUUGUUUCAUCCUGUAAAAGCUAAAUCCAUGAUGAUUUCUUCCAGUCUCCUUCACUCACGCUCCUCUUUCAAAUUCAAUCCUUGGCUUAAACUGAAUCAUCCUUCUCAUGCUGCAAUUGGACUUAGACUCAGACUCAAACCCUACCCAACCAAUUUCACCUGCAGGGCAGUUUUCUCCGACGAUGCCCCCUUUGCCGCCGCAAUCGGUGCUUGCAUGUUCACUUCUUUGCUUUUACCAGUCUCUACUUCCUCCGAAGACGACGAUGCCGACUCCGCCGUCACCACAACCGACGCAAGGCUCGCCGUCAUGGGGAUUCUCAGUUUCAUCCCUUAUUUCAAUUGGCUCACUUGGGUUUUCGCCUGGCUCGAUACCGGCAAACGCCGUUAUGCUGUCUACGCACUUGUUUAUUUGGCUCCUUAUCUCAGGUCAAAUCUAUCUCUGUCGCCAGAAGAAAGUUGGCUGCCUAUUGCUAGCAUUCUGUUCUGCAUUGUUCACAUUCAGCUGGAAGCAAGCAUUAGAAAUGGAGAUAUUCAGGGGUUUCAACUAUUCAGGAAUGUCGCAGAUCAGCUAUCAUCAAAUAAUAGGAAGAAAGAUCAUUUAAAUCUGCAUCAAGAAAUGUCUGAGGAGGGAAUCAAGAAAGAAAAGAAGAACCUGCCACAUGCCCAGGAACAAUCAAGGGAUAUUGGAGGUUGGGAAGAUUCACAGAGGCCUUUACAACCCCGGCAGCACUUGAAUGAAGACUUAGAUGAUGACAAAGAAAGAAACAAGCACUAAACAUGGAAAACUCACUCAAGUUUCAUGCCCGAUGCUGGUACCACUCAGCUGCAUGAUGAUUAGUUUUGAAUCGUUUUAAUGGAACUAUUGCGUUGUCUUAAUGUUGCUCAGUUCCUAUGUUACCAUCUUGGAUUCUUUUCAUGGCUGGUGUUUAUCUCAUACUUGUUUACUAGAUGAUAUUGAAGGUGCCAUAGUAUAAAAACAGAGAUAUGCAUACACCUACUCUACGGUCUCUACCUCUACCUUUCUUCCACCUCAUUUUUUUUCCUCUGUAUCUUUUACUUCUCUUUUCCUUUCAUUAUAUAUCUGGUCAUAUCUUUUACUUCUGUCUUUUCCUAUUUUUAGAUAGGUGUAUACACCAAGUGAGUGUAUGAACAAUUGAAUAUAGUUUUCUAGUAUAAAAGGAUAACACCAGGGCUGAUAAAUGGUUCCUUUAUAA